GAGAGCGCUCCAGUGAGAUCACAUCACCGGGUCCCGACUCCGGGGCGGCCGCCUGUUUGGGUGUCAGUUUCAGGCUGGCCGAUCUCAGCUCCACACAGACAGCAAGCAGCAGGCAGGGGUAAUACAAUAGCCGCUGACGGUGUUGUACAAGCAGAAGCAAAGGGCAGCGGAGACCCCUGAAGAGUAAACUUACUUAAGGACUUUGUUUUUCCUCCUGUGCAUCGAAGCGGGAUUGUUUUUGGCGUAGCUGUCUAAUAUAAUAGUGUCCUGCCAAGAAGAUGAUUUCUCUCCAGGUGGCUGUGGGAGUUGCGCUCAUGGUGGCGGGGGUGCAGAUCUGUCGCUGUGAAACGCCAGGGAGUUGCGCACUGAUGGAUUCGUGUGGAAGCUGCCUGGCUGGGGACGCCUCGCUCAAUAUCACAGACUGCAUGUGGCUGCAGUGUGAUUCAGGCAACUCGAGCUGUGUGUGGGGGGGCGAGGUGCCGGAAGGCUGCUCCCUGUUCAACGAUGCCUCCCUGUGUGCUGCCCCUGAGAGAUCCACCCCCAGCAGGACAGAUGCCCCGCCCCCCACGGAGCCGGCCCCAGUGUACAAGCAGGCGAACUUUGACCUGUCAAGCUUCAUCGGGGGGAUCAUCAUGGUGCUGGGAAUGCAGUCGGCCCUCUUCUUCAUCAUGAAGUUCCUCAAGACCAAAGACAGCACCUACCAGACCAUGGAGGAGCCGCAGUAGGGUCUGCGAGGCCGGGCUGUGUGGGAGAGUUUAAUCCAGCACGCCUCCCUUCCCUGUCUCCUUUUAUAUUGAAAUCCACUCUGCCCCCCCUGAAACCUUUGCUGUUCCUGCGUGCUGCAUGACUGUGAGAAGACUUUCUUUAAGAAUAGAUCCAAUCCUCACACUUUAAUAAGAGCCUGCCCUGGUUUAAUAAAUGCCCGCCCAGUCCUAGACCCACUGCAGCUUAUUCUCUGUAUAGAUAUAGAGCCGUGGAAAGAACGCAAGACACUUAUUCAUAAGAGGCCUAGAAUUGUAACGUUAAGUAAAAAAUAAAAAAGCAGCAACACUUUUUUGAUGUUUAAUAGUAAUUCCUGAGUCCCAUCUCCAAACUGCACGAGAUGACAGUGAGAAUUCCCCUGCACAUGACAUUGUAGCUUGUGUCUCAGAACAGUCUUUAAGGAAAGUGCCUCACUUGGUCCUCCCUGCCCUGCCUGUGUGAUUUGCCCCUCUCUCGUGUGUUUUGAAGUUGCUUGCUCUGUCGUCAUUGCUGACAAACCUACAGAGAGGAGCCUCUCUGGUUUGUUCCAUCUCUGUACUCUUCACUCGCCUGUGUAACGUUUUCACUGCCCCCUGAUCAUGGUGUAGAUGAAUAUUUCUAAUAUACCCCUAACCCUCUCCUCCUUGUUGGUUCUGCACCUGUUAGGGUUACCCCAUGUCUACUGCUUUGCUGAAACAGGGAGAUAUCUCCUCUGAAAGACCAAUACAGUACGUCCAGUGGCUUUGGGGUCUCCUGUACGGGACGACCAGUAUGGCAGGACACUAGUGGUAUAGUACCUAGAUAUUGCACCAAGAUAUUUUGAAGUAAAUUAAAAGUUCAACUGCAUAAUAAUACAGGGGUGAGUGAAAAUGAUACUGCAGCUAGCUUAGGUUCUAUUCUAUUAACUUUCCUCUCUGUCCUUAUCCAGCAUGCUUUUGAAUGACAUAAAGACACCAGCACUGGCACACAACUAAUCCCAUCCCUUGCUCUGAUUUCAGUCGAUUAGUUUGAUUGGUGACACCUGGUGGCUGUGAGUUGUAACUGGAGCUGGUUAUGCAGUAUUGCUGUACAGUACUUUUAAAAACAAAGGUGGCUCACAUGUGCUCGCAGAAUGCACAUACAUGUAUUUGUGAGGCAAAAAUGGUCCUUAAGAUAGAAUUACUCAGAAAAUCCAUAGAGAACCAGUUCAACAGAAAGUCAAAAUUGCUGUGCAAAUUCACCUUUAUUUAACACAACAAGGACUAUUAUGACACAAGGGCAAAAGCACAUUUUAUAAAAGAAAUCCAAUCAUUUGAAGAAUAUUAAAGAGUAAAUAGCUUCAAAUGCCAUUUAAAAACCUCUGUUCUGUUUGGUGGUGUUUGCAGUCAUUGUGAGUGGUUCUGUUGCUCCAGCGAUUGAGCUGCUUUGAGCUCACUGGGAGAGUCUGAAGUUGCUUUUCAGUUGAAAGGUCUCAUUGUCAAUGCAAAUGAGGAAGGCUAAUCAGUCCUGGCACUUAUGAUUCUCCAGACAAGCACAAAGCCAGGUGAAAAACAAAUCUGUAACUCAGCACUGGAGCAACAGAACCCAGCAGCACUCAGCAUGAGGGCAACGUGAAAAAGCAAUUACCCAGAAUUGAGCUGCACCUUCCUGCAUUUAUUUCUGUCUAAUUGUGAACCCUUGUCCUCGGAGAGAAGUUCCCUUUGCCUGCGCAGUAUGGCUGCUUUUCACUUUGAACCGUCCAUCUUGAGCGCAUGAUUCCAUCCUGCGUUUCUUUCUCGCUGUAGGUUCUGAAGAGUGAAGCUGUGUGUUACAGUGUGGACUUCUCCCCAGUGACUGUGCUGGGGGCUUUUCAAACUUCCCUGGACUGUGGGAGUCUCACCCCACAUUGUCACAGCUGUCUGUCUGUCUGUCUGUCUGUCUAAAGAAAACAAAACUAUGCAACACCGAACUGAGCCCACACAAAGGUCAGGAUAACCGGGACUUCUUUCUGUGGCCUAGUAGCUCUAAACCCGACCCUGACCCAGAGAGAGUGCAGCUGACAAAGUAACUCUAUAAACCUGACCCUGACCCAAAGAGACUGCAGCUGACAAAGUAACUCUCUAAACCUGACCCUGACCCAAAGAGACUGCAGCUGACAAAGUAACUCUCUAAACCUGACCCUGACCCA